AUGUAAGAAUAACUAGAUCGAGUCAAAGUUUAAUUAGAAACAGAAGUAAAAUAAUUAGCACUAGAAUUUGUACGAGAAUAAUACUUAGAAAUCUUUUUAUAUCUAUAUGUUUAUUUUUUAAUUUCCUUUUAUUUAGAAAAUAUUUUAUCAAUAAUCUAGGUUGUGAUUUGCCUGAUUUUUAUUGAUAUAUGUAAUAUUUGUAACUUUUAUAAUAGGCCGAUGUGCUUAAACUUGUUAUUGCUUAUAAAAAGAAUUAAAGGUGUAUUAUUAUUUAGAAUCAUUUAUAUAUGCUUUAAUGAAACUAUGUUUUAUUUUGAUUGUUGUGCUUGAAAUUGAGUUUUAUUUGAUGUUAAUACUGUUUCCAUUAUUAAUGUUGAUCCUUAGAUUGCUUAUCUAUUGCAAUAAAAAAAAAUAUUUCGCAUUUGUUGCAUUUUAAUAGUUCGUAUAGCAUAAAGAAUGACAUAAUAGUUUAAUGUACUAUGGAAGAUAGUAAUAUUAGUUGAAACUUUAUCGAUCACUCUAAAAUUGGAUAGUUUUGUUGCUUGGGAUUGGAUACAAGUCUUAUGGUUGUUUUUGAUUCUACUAAUAUUAAAUGGAGUGAUAACGUUUGUCUCAGUUCUAUAUUUUGCAAUAAAAGUAAUUCCAGACUUGAUCAAGAAAAGUGAAAAAUAGAAGAGUAAGAUAUAAUAUUCAUAUAAAGAUGCGUAUUACAUGUAAUUUGUUUUGUAUUAGACUACAAUAUUGUUGACAAAUCUAUUUUUAUAUCUCAAUCUCUUUGCUUUGAUUAUUGUCCUUCCUAUUCUAUUCGUUUUUUUAACAUCAUUCACAUAUAUGAAGAAGAAAGAUUUGGAAUAAUAUUAUGCAAAUUUCAUAUUUAAUUUAGAAAUGGGAAAAGACUUAGAAGAAAAGCAAUAACCCUAUGAAUAACCUACUAUCCUCUAAAGAGUUUCAACUAAUUAUUACAAACCCAUUAUCACCAAUAUGGGAUAAAGGUAAUCAAGUCAGCCUCCCAUGUUGAGUAAUGAUCUAUAAUCAGUGAAUUCUGAGGAAUCCAAUUUGUGUAUUAUAUGUUAAGAUAGAAUUGGAGAAAAGAUAUUCAUGCCGUGUGGUCAUGGCAAAUUUUGUGCCUAGUGUAUUGGAAAUACUGAAGCAUGCUUUCUUUGUAGAAUUGAAAUUGCCUAGGUUUUAACAGUUUAAUAAGAACAUGUAAGUUUUGGAAUUGUUGCUAAAUGA